CACACACGCGCGCGCACACACACGCACACACAAACACACACAAACACACACACACGUACAUCCAAAAUGACCAUGUCGUGGACUCCACCUUGUCUUCACUUGCUGCUCUUGUUCCACACCUGGGCCGUGGGUUCGAGUUUCGAGCUGACCCUGUUGCACACCAACGACAACCACGCUCGGAUCGAGGAGACCAGCGUGGACUCCGGGAAGUGCCCGGCCGAGGGCCGCUGCUUCGCGGGGGUGUCGCGCCGCUUCACCAAGGUGUCGGAGAUACGGCGGAAGGAGAACAACGUGCUGCUGCUGGACGCCGGAGACCAGUUCCAAGGCACCGUGUGGUUCAACUUCUACAAGGGAGCGGAAGCGGCUUACUUCAUGAAUAAACUUAGAUAUGACGUCAUGGCGUUUGGCAACCACGAGUUUGACAACGGAGUGGAGGGUCUGAUUGACCCUUUCCUGCGGGAUGUUAAUUGCUCCGUGGUGAGCACCAACCUGAAAGCCGACAAGACUUUGGCUCCAAAGCUGAGCGGUUACUACGAGCCUCACGCCGUGCUCACUGUGGGCUCGGAGAGGGUGGCUGUGGUGGGCUACACCACCUCAGAGACACCCUUCCUGUCACAGCCAGGACCACACUUAAAAUUUGAAGAUGAAAUAGAGUCCCUCCAGGCUGAGGUCGACAAGCUCCAGACACUGGGCUAUAAUAAGAUCAUCGCCCUGGGUCACUCUGGCUUUGACGUGGAUCAGAAAAUCGCCAAGCAAGUGAGAGGAGUCGAUGUGGUCAUCGGAGGACACACCAACACAUUCCUGUACACGGGAACCGCUCCAUCCACUGAAAUACCAGCAGGUCCAUACCCAUUCAUGGUGAGAUCCGACGACGGCAGAAACGUUCCAGUGGUCCAGGCAUACGCUUUUGGAAAGUACCUGGGCUACCUUAAAGUCACCUUUGAUAAGGCUGGGAAUGUUAUCAAAGCAGCCGGAAACCCAAUCCUCAUGGACAGCAGCAUUCCACAAGACCCCGCCAUCCUUGCCGACGUAAAAAACUGGAAGAAGGAUCUGGCUCAGUACUCGUCGCAAUAUGUCGGACAGACUUUGGUCUACCUCAAUGGCUCGUUUGAGGAAUGUCGCUUUCGGGAAUGCAACCUUGGGAACUUGAUUUGUGACGCAAUGGUGAGUCAUAAUCUUAAGUACGCCGAUGAAAUGCAGUGGAAUCAUGUGGGCAUUUGCAUGUUGAACAGUGGCACCAUACGCAGCGCCAUCGACGAGCGCUACAACAAGGGUAUCAUAACAAUGGAGGAGAUCAUGACUGUUUUACCAUUCGGCUCAACUAUGGACUUGAUCCAGAUUACGGGAAUGACGAUGAAAAAGGCAUUCGAGCACUCCGUUCACAGAUACGGAACAAUGCGUGGAGAAUUUCUACAAGUCUCAGGAAUCCGAGUAGAGUACGACGUAUCAAAGCCAGCAAACCAACGGGUGGUCUCCUUAUCGGUGCUCUGCACCAAAUGCAGAGUGCCAAAGUACGAGCCGCUAGACCUGAAGAAGACGUACACCGUGGUCACGCCUUCCUACCUAGUGGCCGGCGGGGACAGCUACAACAUGAUCAAGGAAGAGAUGUUGAAGCACAAUACAGGGGAUAUGGACAUUUCGGUUUUGGCCAAUUACAUCAGAGAAAUGAAACGCGUCUACCCAGCGGUGGAAGGGCGGAUCAAGUUCAGGAACUCUGCGGUACUUGUGGCCCAAAGCCUCUGCCCACUGCUGCUGAGUUUAUGUCUGAGUCUGGCAUUCUGGUUAUGAGGCAUUUAGGAGACUACGGGUAGGUUUUUAUCCUCAGGGCAAAUUCAAUAGCCAGCCACGGAAACGUCGGGGAUGAUUUAUUAAAUAUGUUCCUUACAUUUCUUGAAUUUGAAGUGGGAUAUAGUUAUUUCCACCAGGCAUGUAUUAUUUGACACGUAGUUGCUAAGCCUGCAGUGCUCCACACAACCCUGCAGUUUUUGUGCUUCCAUGCAGUCGUGUCACGCACAUUUAAAGGCAUUGGUGGCUGUGACUUAUGAUGAUUAGGACCAAUUGUUCUACGUCGCCUACAGUUUACAAGAAAAUGGACGCAAUUAGCAGUUAAAGAACAUUUCAUUAUAAUUCAAAAAAAUAUUGUUUUAUUUCAAUCAUUGCAUACAUUACUGAAUAGAUUAUUUUAAGCCAUUAAGUAUUUGAGACGCUUGUGAUUAAGGGCUAUAUAAAUAAACUUUGAUUGAUUUAUUCAUAUUUUUUGUAACAAAAACUCUCUCCCAAGGAUUAGUGGGUUUUUUUGUAAAAAAGGCGAUUAUUAUGCCCACAAUUUUAUAUCAAUGCGAGAAAUAUAUGUUGUGUGAGUUUGUUUAAUCACAUUUGCAUGACUAAUUGUUGUACCUGUACAUAGUUACACUUUAUUCUACUCAAUAUUAUUUAAUGAACUAUUAAAGGCUAAAGUACUAUAUCAAUAUGUUCACUGU